UUGAAGCGAACGCGCGGAUUGGUCACUUGUCAGUGUGCAUCGCCCCUCCAGACAUCAAUCCUUUUCUAGGUUUUUAGCCGCUAAGUGUAACGUACUGCGAACCGAAGAAGCGGAAUAGUACAAAUGUGGAGAGAGAGCCAUGAAGAUUGUCACUUGGAACAUUAAUGGCAUUCGAGCUUUCAAAGGCGGAGUUAAGAAGGCGUUGGAUGUGUUGGACGCUGACAUUGUGUGUCUGCAGGAGACCAAAGUGACAAGAGACCUGUUGGAUGAGAGAACUGCGAUUGUAGAGGGGUAUAACUCAUAUUUCAGCUUCAGUAGAGGACGCAGUGGGUAUUCAGGGGUAGCGACGUUUUGCAAAGACAGUGCCACCCCUGUAGCUGCGGAAGAGGGACUUACAGGCCUGCUUACCAGCCAUGAUGGUGCUGUGGGGUGCUAUGGCGACCAGAACGGUUUUUCUGCCGAGGAGCUCCAGCUGUUGGACAAUGAGGGAAGGGCUGUGAUCACACAACAUAAAGUAAAGUGCGAGGACUCCGAGGAGACCUUGACUGUGCUGAACGUGUACUGCCCACGGGCCGAUCCCGAAAAACCCGAGCGUAAACAGUUCAAGCUGCACUUCUACAGGUUGCUUCAGGCACGAGCCGAAGCUAUUUUGGAAUCGGGGAGCCACGUGAUUGUGUUGGGCGACAUUAACACCUCCCACAAGCCAAUAGACCACUGUGACCCAGCUGAUGUUGAAAAUUUUCAGGACCAUCCUGGAAGGAAAUGGUUGAACAGCUUCCUUAUUGGAGAAUGUAAGGAGGAGAGCUGUAGCAACGUUGAGGAAGAUGAAGAGGCUCACCAAGUGUCUCAGACACAUGGGAGCGGGGGAAGAUUCGUAGACACCUUCCGCUAUUUCCACCCGACCCGUUCCAACGCCUUCACUUGCUGGUCCACCCUCACCGGAGCUCGGCAGACAAACUACGGCACAAGAAUCGAUUACAUCUUUGCCGACCGCGUGCUGGUUGAGACCCGGUUCCUGGAGGCUGACAUCAUGCCAGAGGUGGAGGGGUCAGACCAUUGCCCGGUUCAGGGACACCUGCGCUGCAUCCAGGUGCCCGGCUCGAAGUGCCCGCCGCUGUGCACUCGCUACCUGCCGGAGUUCGCGGGUAAGCAACAGAAACUGUCUCGUUUUCUGGUCAAGGUGGACCAGCAGGCUUCUCGAGGCUCCACGGACUCCCUGCCUAGUUCCCAAGAAUCGGGGGAAACGUGUGAAAACCAAAAUCCUGUCGAAAGCUUCAGUUGUGGGAAACGCAAAGGAUUAAUGCCAGAACCUUCCGCAUCCAAAAGCAAAAAAAGCAAAACAAAAAGGUGCACGGGAAAGCCUCAGGGGAACCUUCUGGAGUUUUUCAAACCCAAACCUGACCGGGCUGCGCUGCCGUCUUUGAACGACUGCGGACGCGGAUCGAAAAGUUCGGGCCCGGCUCACCCUCUGAGCCUUGGGGAUGCGACCCUUAACAAGCUAGAUCCCGCUGUGGGGGGAGGAGGAGGACACAAUGGGGCCAAUAGGACGCGAGACACAGGGGAGGAGGAACCGCUCCGUGGCGGUACCGCGCUCGAGGAAGACGGAUGCGGGAGUUCGGCAAACCGCAAAGCCCUCCCCUUAGAGGAAGAUGGAGGCGCCGGGUCCUCUGCGGCCGGGGGGUCCUUGGGAUUUUGGAAGUCGGUGUUGCGUGGCCCGCCGCAGCCCCCGCUGUGCAAGGUGCAUCAAGAGCCGUGCGUCCUAAGAACCGUCAAGAAGGCAGGAGCGAAUAUGGGCCGCCAGUUCUUCGUGUGCGCCCGGCCGCAGGGCCAUGCCUCCAAUCCCCAGGCUCGCUGUAACUUCUUUGCCUGGGUGGAUAAAGGCAAAUAAGGGGUCGGUGGUGCACCGCAGCAUCUGCUGGUCACAGAAUCUGGGGCGCGCAGUACGGGAAUACUAAGAAGGCUGCAGAAAAUUCAAUGUUGUGUAUAUGUAAAAUACUUUUUUUUUUUUUUUCCA